GAGUGGCCCGGGUAUUGCCAUCGCCGCUGGUUCUGCCCGUAUUGUGUUGCCGUCACCACGCAGGUUCUGUCAUCUGGAGUGCAUAAUUUUGAAGCUGGCCUUUGAAUCGCGGGCAUGCACUCGGCAGCACUGAGGGAAUGAGGGGAUGAGCCCAGGAAGGCCUGAGCUCCUCUUACCCAGUCUAUCUCAAGGAGACGAGGCGCGAACGGGUGCGCUAACUUGUAAGGAGAAAGCAGUCAGAAUGAUCACUGAAUACGUUCGCCGGAUAUUAUGGUGGUGGUCACCUGAGCCAGGUUGUUGCUUAGUCUGUAGCAGGUUUGGCCAGCUGGUCAGUUCUCUGCAGGAAAAUGGACAGUGGAUCGAUGGGUGCAAAGGCAUCCGACAAAACCGCCGUUGUGAAUAGUUAUUCCCAUCCAAGGAUGGAGGUCACGGUGCUGAAAUUGCCGCCUACCCUUCGUUCAAAGCUCCUUGGCUCCGGAUUUCGCACGGUCGGGGACUUGAAAGGCAUAAGCGCUGUUCAGCUUGCAAGGGAUGCACAACUGAUGCACGAGGAAGCACUGCAGGUGCUGAAGUCUCUACCCCGGGUCUCCUCUGCGUCUGGGAGUGCGUUGGCUGGCGCACAGACAGCCUUUGAGAUAUUGCAACAAGAAAGAGCCCAGACUAUGAUAAGCACGAUGUGCGAGGAAUUCGACACACUCUUAGCAGGCGGAAUAUGCCCCAAAGCAGUGACCGAGAUCUGCGGAAUGCCUGGGAUUGGCAAAACACAGCUAGGAAUGCAGUUGUCGGUCUCUGUGCAGACACCUUCAGAGUUGUCGGGAGCUGACGGAGAGGCAUUGUACAUAGAUACAGAGGGGAGUUUUAUGGUCGAGAGGCUCGUAGAAAUGGUUAAUGGCUGGCUGGAAGAUGUUCGGCAGGCUGCCGCUUGUUCUAAGAAACCGGAGGCGGAAAGGGCAGCUAGCAGAUUAAGCAGGGACGAAGCUCUUGCCAACAUUCACUAUGUACGCGUUCAUGACCACACGGAGCAGAUUGCCGUCAUCAACACGCUGGACAACUUCUGCAGAGAGCAUCGACGUGUGCGACUUGUCGUCAUUGAUAGUGUGACUUUCCAUUUUAGGCAGGAUUUCCAAGACAUGGCACUGCGGACUCGAUUGCUGAAUGAGAUGUCGAUGAAGCUGAUGAACGUUUCAGAAAUGCGCAACGUUGCAAUUGUACUCAUCAAUCAAGUUACGGUAAAGAAGAUGGGAGCAGUCGGAGAUAAGCGUAAUUCUGCGGCAAUGAUCGUGCCGGCUCUUGGCGAAAGCUGGUCGCAUGCAUGCACAAAUCGCCUCGUGCUGUUCUGGAUGGAUGAUGGCCGAUACGCUCACCUGUACAAAUCGCCUUCGUUGAAAGCUGGAAUGGCGCCAUUUUCUGUGACAUCGAAGGGCAUUCGAUCUGCGAGGGAGAGUCGCAAACGCCCGCACCCCGAUUACAACGAAUGACCUUGAACCACCGGCUCGGCUAUCGUCUUCCCUGAAUCGAAGGGAUGGUCAUUAUUGCCGUAUGUGGGGCAACUUUCAGUAUAGACACAGUGAUAAUGACUGUCUGUUCUAUUCGGUGGAAGACGGUACCUUUUACGACCCCCCUCGUUCUCUCGAGGCCUGCCCUUUCUUAGCAGACCAGCCUUUGCUCUGUGAGCUCAUUGGGUCAACGAUUUUGAUCCAACAACACAGUUUCUCUUUCUGUCUCACUAAUGGUUAAUAGAUGGUGCCAUUUUCG